UGCUGUUCCAAUUUCUUGUGGCGAGCUGAGCUGUCGCGAUUUUUAUUGGACAGCUAACGAACCGCACGCGAAGCCGAGCCGCCCCGAGGAGCCGCUGUCGUCGUCCCACCAACAACACCACCACCACAGCGCCCCCCACCCCCCCCCCCCCCCCCCCCCCCCCCCCCGGGUCCCAUCCCGUUGACGUUGGAGGUCCUCUUCUCCUCCUCCUCCGACGACGACUUUAUCGGUACGUGCCGUGUCUCUUCAUCUAUCAGGUCGCAGCUGUGGUGUCUAUGUUGCAUUCGUCUCAUUGCCUUCGGGUGGCCUGUCGAUCUGCGAAUUCGAUCGGAAAUCGUUAGUUCUCUUGAUCACGUGCUUCCGUUUCUGCUUUGGACAUCCGGUGAUGAAGUUCAUCUCAGCUGAAUUUAGCUGGACUACUGAUAUUCUGGAGGUUCUUCAUGCUUGAUGAAUUAGCUGUGCCAACCGCAGUAGCAGAGUCAUGAAUUUUUUGAUUGGAGCUUUCAAGCCGCCUUGUAAUGUUUCGAUAAUUUUUGCUGAUGGAAGAACACGGAAGCAGGUACCUUUGAAGAAGGACAAUGGCCAAAUUAUCAUGGUCCCUCUCUUCCAAAGUCAAGAGAGUAUCAUUGGAGAGGUUGUUAUCGAACCGUUACAAGGGAAGAAGCUUGAGCAUACCGGUGUUAAAAUCGAGCUGCUUGGCCAGAUAGAGCUGUACUUUGAUAGAGGCAACUUUUAUGACUUUACUUCGCUAGUGCGUGAACUUGAUGUACCUGGAGAAUUAUACGAAAGGAAAACCUACCGAUUUGAAUUCUCGACCGUGGAAAUGCCUUAUGAGUCGUACAAUGGAGUCAAUGUGAGGCUGAGGUACAUUUUGAAAGUGACUAUCGGUAGAAACAUUGUCAGCAACAUUGCGGAGUGCCAGGAUUUUGUGGUUCGCAACUAUACUCCACUUCCAUCAAUCAAUAACAGUAUCAAGAUGGAAGUUGGCAUUGAGGAUUGCCUGCACAUAGAAUUCGAGUACAGCAAAAACAAGUACCAUUUAAAGGAUGUUAUAAUUGGAAAGAUCUACUUCCUUCUAGUGAGAAUCAAGAUCAAAACAAUGGAGCUCGAAAUCAGACGUCGAGAAUCAACUGGGUCUGGACCCAAUACCUAUGUCGAGACUGAAACCCUAGCUAAAUACGAGUUGAUGGACGGUGCCCCUGUUAGAGGGGAAUCUAUUCCAGUCAGGCUUUUCCUGAGUCCAUAUGAGUUGACCCCAACUUAUCGCAACAUAAACAACAAGUUCAGCGUGAAGUAUUACUUGAACCUCGUCCUAGUGGAUGAAGAGGAUCGGCGGUACUUCAAGCAACAAGAAAUCACAGUCUAUCGGCUUCUUGAGACACCCUGAUCUUUCUCUUUAUCUCUUGCAGUCGCAGCCUCACUAUUUGUCGCCCAGAAAAACCGAGCAUCAUUACAAGUACUUUGGCAGAUCCAUUAGCUGGAGAUUGAAGGACCAUUGCACGGAGGAUGGAUAAUUGAUGAUGCCAACAGGUGCUCGGUUUUACCUUUAUUCCUGAGAGGGUGCCGUCUUCUUGCCAUCACUUUCUUGGGACGUUAGUUUGUGAUUCAUCAAUGUCGGAACUUCCUGAAGUGGAGCGAAUCUCGAGUCUGUUGUACAUUAUUGUUUUCUUAAGCAUUUUUGUACAUCAGUUAAAUUAAAUGAGGCGUGGUUUGGAGUUAUUUUCUUCUUAAAUCCCGACUAGUCCAUUUAUUAGUGGUCGUGGCUUUGUUCGACAAGUGCUUAAUAAAACUCCUCUCUUCCAUUAUAA